AUGAAUGAUGCCGACAUCAUAGCUUCUACGCGACAAAAAGGUCGUAUCAAGAGAUCGAAAUUGGGAUGUCGAACCUGUCGUUCUCGUCGUAUAAAAUGCGAUGAAACUCCAGGGGCAUGCAAGAAAUGUAUUUCCACUGGAAGGCAAUGCGACGGAUAUGAUCUGCGCAUAGUGACUCAUAAGCCCUUCUACAAUACAGGUACCGUCAUCCCUCGAGUAACAAUCCCCGGCAUUCUAGCUGCAUUGAAUUCGGAGGAACGACGUGGCUUUGGCUUCUUCCAGCACUGCACAGUCCCGGCGCUAGCUGGCUUCUAUGACUCUGUUCUUUGGGAGCGCCUCAGUUUACAAAUAGGCCAUGCCGAUUCGGCCGUUUGUCACGCAUCCAUUGCGCUCAGCGCCGUACAUUGCGCCGUCCAAGGGAGUAGAAGCGAAAGCUCAACAACCAACGCCAGGGCUAAGGCCAAGGCUCAGAUACAGAGCCAGCUCUGGCAACAAUUUGCCUUUGAGCAGCUGGGACGAUCAUUUAAGCAACUUCAGAAGCGACACACAUCCCAAGACCCACAAUUCACAGUGACCGUGCUCGUGUGCUGUCUUCUGUUCGUGGCAUUGGAAUUCACCCUCGAGCACUAUGAGAAUGCCUUCCAACACCUCUGCAGUGGCCUACAAAUAUUGGAGAACCAACAGAUUCGGGUCGCCAGGGGCCUUGAGCCACCCCUGGAGCCGUGUCUGGUUGAAACCUUCACGCAUCUGGAUAUCCAGGCUGCCUUUUUCGACGUCCAGGGUCGGCCAAUCCUCUCAAUCGAUGAUACCACACUCGACCACACUUACGUGACCAAACAUCAACAAGGUGGGUGCUGGACCAUCGCAGGAAUCCGCCGCGCUAUUGAGCCACUCGCCGGCGCUGUGGUCUGGUUCUGCAGGCGGCGUGUCACCACAGGCUACGAUCAGUCCGCCAUCAGUGACCAGACUCGCAUCCUUGAACGGGUGCUCCGAUUCCUGCAGUUCUUGGACAGCCUCAGUCACCGACCGGGCAGAACGCUCACCAUCAAAGAACGUCGAUGUCUGAAGCUCCUCCAGCUGGAAGCGUACGGGCUGAAGAACGCGCUCCUGACCAUCUCCUUACCGACCCGGCAUCCGCGGUUCCACGAUUUUAGAGAUGACUUCGAGACCGUCCUGUUUCUCGCCACAGAGAUUCAAUGUCAGGGCUCGUCGGACCUUCCACCGAUCUGUCUGGAUCUCGGCGUCGUCCCACAGCUGUAUACCAUCGCGAAGCGUGCCAUUGACGACAGACAGCGGUGGCAGGCGGUCAGGUUGCUGCAGUCUUACCCGCACCAAGAAGGACCGUGGAAUGCCCAUCUGCUGGCUCGAAUCGCCAUCGAGUCAAUAUACCUGGAAUCCUUGUUUGCAGAGAAGCGUGCAGAAGACGCGACAGGCGCUGUGGUAGUCACCGGGCAGAGCCAAAGCAACGGAAGCUUGCCUGGCUUCGGUGGCUUCGUGACUAUCUCACCCGAUCAGCGUCGUGCACGCAUCUCGUUCCGUGUCCAGGGUGUAGAGAAGGAAUGUUCGUUUAACUUAGAUGAUACGUGUCCGGGAACGGUAACUGCCGGUACUUCGAGGAAUGGUCCGCAGCAGGGCUGGCACCGUGUGCUUCCCAGUCACCUGCAGUUGUGA